AUCAGUUGGUGGAAAUGCAGUGAUGAUCAAUAUUAGAUAGACGCCCACUCACACCGCACCACCAUCUUCCAAAGUUCAAUCUGAUUGGGAUUUUAUCGACGGCCAACAAGGCUUUAGGUCCUUUUGAGCAGGGAGUGCUAGCAAACGAAGGUCUGUCUUUUGAGCACUGUUUUGAGGGACUUGCAACAGGUUUUUCAGGAGGAGAAAAUGGCUGAGCUUGCCGAGUACAUCAUCAGAUACAGGGCUGCAAGGGCUGGACUGGCGUUACUGGGAACCAUCUUGGCCAAGGCUGACUUCGAUGCCGAGCAAGAUGCGCAGACACUAAAAGACGCCAUGAAAGGAUUUGGUACCGAUGAGGAUGCGAUUAUCGAGUUGAUCACCGACAGGACAUCCGAAGAACGCCAGCACAUCGCAUGGAAGUACAAGGCUUGCUUUGGAGAGGACCUCGUGGAAGACUUGAAGAGGGAGCUUCGAGGCAACCUGGAGACGGCCGUCGAAGCCUUGAUGUUGCCCGCUCCUGUCUACGAUGCCAAGACACUGCGUGAAGCAAUGAGGGGGCCUGGCACUGAUGAAAAGACCAUCAUCGAGAUUAUGUGCACGAGAAUGAACGAGGAGAUCGAGGCAAUCAAGAUAGCCUACAGUGCAAGGUACGAUCGUAAUUUGGGCGAGGAUCUGUAUCACGAGACAUCCGGGGACUUCAAGAACCUCAUGCUGUCCAUUUACGCGUGCCAACGUGAUGAAAGUGACGAGGUUGAUGAAGACAAGGCAAAAGAGGAAGCCCAGGAGCUGUACGAUGCCGGGGAGGAUCGAUGGGGUACGGAUGAAAGUACAUUCAACAAGAUCCUUGCCACUAGGAAUUUCGAUCAGUUGAAGGAGACAUUCAAACAGUACAAGGAGAUUGCCGAUUGUGACAUCGAGGAGUCCAUCAGAGAUGAGUGCAGCGGUAACCUGCGGGACGGAUACCUGGCUAUUGUUUCUCGUGCAAAGAGCUGCGCUGAGUUCUUCGCAGACCGCUUGUACGACGCCCUGAAAGGGGCCGGCACGGACGACGAACAGCUCAUCAGAUGCGUGGUCACACGCGCUGAGAUUGACAUGAAAAGUGUGAAGAUCGCUUUCUUCUUAAAGUACGGUGUGGGCCUGAAGAGCUUCAUUGCUUCCGACUGUUCCGGAGACUACGCUAAACUCCUGCUGGCCCUGGUGAAGACCGAUGAAGAUUAGGGCGCCACCAAGAGGGACUUGGAGCACAGCAACCUAUUGCUUAAUUUAGAACUGCGUUAGCGACUAUAUGUAGGCCUAUACUGUAGCCCCCAUCCUGGUACCCACUCCCCUUUUACCGUCGGCUAUCUGUCGAGGUCGUUUUUAUUCAUCAAAUUCCCACACAAUAAAGAUGCUGCGUGCUUUCUAUGGCGUAAAAAGGACGUGCUUUCAGGAGUGCCAUCCGAAGGAAGACCAGCUACUGUUGCAUCCGAAUCUGUUGUCUGAAGCUAGGUCUAUUAUCUCAUCGCCCGUUGGAAUAUACCAUGCAAGAUAUGGGACGGAGGGGUCCCCCCCUUACCUGUUCAAUCCCUAUACACUCUCUAGACUAUUGUUACCUAACACA